AUGUCCGAUGGAGUAGAUACACAUAUACUAAGAUACUAUGAGAUCCAGAAACGUCUUGGAAAAGGAGCUUAUGGUAUCGUAUGGAAAGCUACUGAUAAGCGAAGUAAAGAAGUAGUUGCUUUAAAAAAAAUAUUCGAUGCAUUUCGAAAUCAAACUGAUGCCCAAAGAACAUAUCGUGAAAUAGUUUUCUUACGUGAAUUUGGUGAACAUCCAAAUGUUAUACGAUUACACAAUGUUUUACGAGCAGAUAAUGAUCGAGAUAUUUAUCUUGUUUUUGAAUUUAUGGAGGCUGAUCUUCAUAAUGUUAUACGAAAAGGAAAUAUUCUUAAAGAGACACAUAAACGUUAUGUUAUGUAUCAAUUAUUAAAAGCAAUGAAAUAUCUUCAUUCAGCCAAUGUUAUCCAUCGUGAUAUGAAACCAUCAAAUGUUUUAAUCAAUCAACAAUGUCGAGUUAAAAUUUGUGAUUUUGGUCUAGCAAGAUCAUUAAAUCAUGUCUAUGAAGAUCCACAACAUCCUGCAUUGACGGAAUAUGUUGCAACAAGAUGGUAUCGUGCACCUGAAAUUCUUCUUGCUUCAUCAAAAUAUACAAAAGGAGUUGAUAUGUGGUCGCUUGGUUGUAUUCUUGGUGAAAUGUUACUUGGAAAACCAUUAUUUCAAGGAACAUCAACAUUUAAUCAAUUAGAACGCAUUCUUCAAAAUAUUCCAAAACCGACUCAAUCGGAUAUAGAAAGUAUUUCGUCACAAUAUGGACCAAGUGUACUAGAGCGUGCAUCAUCUGGACCAAAGAAAUCAUUUGAUAAUUUAAUACCAGAUGCUUCCAAUGAAUCACUUGAUUUACUUCGUCGUCUUCUUCAAUUUAAUCCAGAUAAAAGAAUUACAUCAGAAGAAGGACUUCGCCAUAGUUUUGUUGCUUCAUUUCAAAAUCCAAAAGAAGAAAUUGUUAAAGGUUAUGAUGUCGUUCCACAAUUAAGUGAUGAUAUACAAUUAACUGUUGAUGAAUAUCGAAAAAAAUUAUAUGAACUAAUUCAAUUACGUAAAGUAUCAGCUAAAAUACCAACAAAUACAUCUUCAAAUUCGAAUAACACUACGGAUGUUCAACCAUCAAAACCACGUGAGAAUUCAGUCGAUCAACAACAACAGCAACAACGUUAUGGUGCCAGUGCAUAUAUAGAUCAAUCAGAAUAUGAUUCUUAUAAACAACCAACAAUUAUAACAAAACAAGAUGAAGCUACUCGAGGAGCUUAUUCAAAUUAUACACAAAAAAAUACAAAUGAUUAUGAUAAAACUCGACAAGUUUAUAAUCAAGAUAAGAUUGAUGAUGAUUAUUCAAAUGAACAACAACAGCAACAACAACAAUAUACAAAACCUUCAUCAACAACAUAUCCUGGACUUCUUGGACGAUCAAAUACUAAUAAUGGUUUACAAUCAACUCAAGGGCAACCAAGAGUAACAAGUACGAAACAACGAAAUUCAUCAUCUGGUCCAAAUUUAUAUCAAAAAACAAAUUAUGGAAAUUUAAUGCGUGAAAAAACAUCUACAGCUAGUCGAGGUUUACGUUCCGGGUCAGCUCCAACACCAACACCACCAUCUAAACAAACCAAUAAUGGAAAUAAUAAUUAUUAUAUUCGUCGUCCAACUGUUGUAUUUAAUGAUGAACGUAUUGGUCCAAGUGAUAAAAGUAGUGGUGCACAAGCAAGAAUAUCAAGUCUUCGACCUAAUUCAGCUGUUGAUAUUCGACCUAAAUCUCGUUUUCAUUCGGCAUCAACUGUUCAGCAAGUCAAUUCUGGUACAUCAUCAUCAGCAUUUGGAUCUUAUUCUGGUCAACAACAACAACGUCGUCCAACAUAUGGAAAUUAUUCUAACAUGACAUCAUCAAUGAUGGCACGAGAGAAUCUUGGUGGUUAUAAUCAAAACAUGGGUACAAUUUCUCAAAAUGGACUUCGUGUUCUUGAUGGACUUCUUCAUAAUGCCACAUAA